AUGAUUAUCCCCUCACUCCGCUCCUGCUGGGCUCUCGUCCCUUUCAUCCUCACCAUCUUCACCCUGACCCUGUACACAAUCCGCCGGCCACUUCUCGCAACAUACACCUCCUAUCGCCCACCUCCCCCAAGCGGAGCAGAACCCGUCGAUGAAGGACCCUCUAUCAUCUACAAGCCCCCCAAACCGUCACCGCCGCCCCCCUUGGGCGAAUACUUCCCUCUGGCCGCCAGCGCCCGGACACCCGCAGACCUACCUCCUGUUCCAUCAUGGAACAAGCCGCCUACACCCCAUGUGUCAGAGUCAACGCGACUCUACAUAGGGUUCACACGCUACUGGCCCCUGUUGCAGCAGGUGGUAGUUGGCUACAUAACGGCCGGCUGGCCGCCCGAGGAUAUCUACGUCGUGGAGAACACAGGGACCUUUGACGCGAACAAAAACGGGCUUCUCACAUCCCAGAACCCCUUCUAUCUCGACUACCAUCGCCUCACCGAACUGUUCGGCGUCAACGUCAUCACCACACCCUCCCUCCAAACCUUUGCCCAGCUACAGAACCUGUACCUGUCAGAGGCGAUAAACAACAACCUUACCCACUAUUUCUGGGCCCACAUGGACACCGUUCCCCAAACCCAUGAAGACAUUCAACCCUACAAAUCCCUCUACGCCAUCGCCGUCGACGUCAUCCGGGAAUCCUUCUCCCAAAAAUACGAACCUCAUGAUCGCUGGGCCGUGCGCUUCUUCAGCUACGACUGGCUGGCUCUUGUCAACGUGAAGGCUUAUGUAAAGGUGGGUGGAUGGGAUACGAUGAUAGGCUAUUAUGGGACGGACUGCGAUAUGCAUGGCCGGUUUGCGCUGAAUGGGUUGGAGACGCCGAUUGCGGACGCAGGCCAGGUCUUUGAUGUGGGGAGGAGCUUGGAUGAUUUGGAGGUGCUGUACAGGAGGAGAAAGAAAGCGAAAGCGGAGAGGGGGGCUGAAAAGGAGAAGACGGUCGUCACCGUCGGGGAACAUGGGAAAGUGACAAUCGGAGAGCCAAAGAACAGCACGGCAGCUGCAUCUACGCCCCACCAACCCCCCGCGCCGGCAAACCUCAAAUACCUCUCCUCAACCGAAGAAGACACCCUCGGUGGCCCAGGCUGGACAGCUCUACAAACGACCCUCGAAUCCCUCGCCGACGAAAAACGCAAAGACCCCUACCGCAACUCUUGGCAACUGAAACAAUCCGGCGGCAAGGGCGAGCCCUUCUACUACGACGCCGACGGAUGGGAAAAAGCUUUACAGCUGACGAUCGCCGCGGGCGUCGAAGUCUACGAGCAGAAAUGGGGCCAUAAGGGAUGCGACAUUCAGCAUGUGGGUCUCAAGGAGGGAGACCAAUGGAUGGUGGAAAAGGAUAAUACGUGGGCGUGUGAGAGGGACGGGGGGAAGCGGCGGUGCAAGGAGAGAGGGGAGGACGACAUGGUGUGUUGUUGA